GAAGUUAGUUCCUCUUCAAGUUCUUGUUCUUCAUUUGAACUCGAGCGGUAAGCUCAUGAGCUAGAGCGUCAGGUUGUACUAUUGACCUAUCGACCCGGACUCCUUCCUUGCUGUACCCCAGGCGGCGUGACCCACUGCAGAUUGACUCUCGAUCCCACGAAAAUGGAUUUCUCACCCAGGAUUCUCCUGGUUCAGCUAGCUUCGGCGCUGAUGCUGUUGACGCUUCGCGAAGCUGAGGCGAUUUGCCGGCCUGUUUCGCCGUGCAAAUGCCAGGACGAAGAGACGGGCAAGUACAUUGAUCUGACCGGCCUCGCUAACACAGACGGCGAGGCAGCGUUCACGACCACGGAGAACUCCGGUCAACUCAUCAACACCUUCGAAUACAACCCGUGCCUGAGCUUCAGCACGAACAGUUCGAGCUGCUCCGACGUGGCUCUGUGUGAGCUGAAUGGCUUGACGGGCGACCAGUACGCCCUUGGAUACCAGCAGGGCGCGGAGUUCACCGUCUUCCCUGGCAAUCCCGAGCAGCUAGCAGUGCGGUACAAGUACGAGAGUUCCACGUCGCCCAGGGAGGCCUACGUGGCCUUGACGUGCAAUCCAGACGUGCGCGUGCCUCUGUUCUCCUACAUCUCCGAGGGGCCGCCGGGCACGUUUUACUUCAACCUGACGUCGGCGUGCGCGUGUCCCGGCGGCUGUGCGGACGCGCCCAUGCGCUGCGACGAGCUGCUCGGCGGCCGGAACUGCUCGUGCGCGCUGCGCAACACCAGCGGCGAGUUUCUAGGCCUGGUGGACAUCCUGUCGCUUAACGAUCCGUACAACCCGCUGGGAGUGAACGUCAACAACAACCAGCACAUCCACUUCAACCCGUGCUCGGACAUGGAGCAUGUGCGCUUCUUCCCCAACCAGUGCAACGGCAUGACGGUGUGCCUGGCGAAUGGCGAUCGGGCCAUCGACUACGGGCGCGGCUUCACCGGCAAGUUCACCGGCAACCUCCAGGCGGACGCGGUGCUGAUGUACACGAGCGCGGACGGCAACCGCUCCACCGAGAUCACGUUGGUGUGCGACCAGGACCAGCGUCACUCGCCGCGGCUGAUCCUGGCCGCGCCCGUCACCGACGCCAUGAUUCAGCUGGAGAUGCGCACCGUGUGCGCCUGCCCCGGCGGAUGUGAGCAGCCGCAGGUGACAUGCCAGCCACAGAGCGACGACUGCACGUGCAAACUCUCCCAGGACCUGGGCUCGUUCACCCUGUCCGACCUGAACAACCCCGAGGCACCCCUGCACGCGGUCGGCCCCGACCUGAUCGACUACUACUAUAACCCGUGCUCAAACAUGAGCAUCACCGGCCCGAACGGCUUCUGCAGGAACGUGUCCGGGUGCAAGGUCAACCAUCCGUCGAACACCGACUACGCCAUGGGAAUCCAGUCGGGCGUCUCGUUCCGCGUGAGCAACUACGACCCGAACAUCGUCACCCUGAUGUACACGGGCGGCUCGCAGUCCAAGACGUUCCAGGUGGAGGCGCGCUGCAACCGCAACCCCGACGAGCUCGUCUUCCGCUUUCUCCGCGCGGUGCCGUCCUCGACGGCCGAGAAUGCCGUCUACUACUUCUAUCUGGAAAGCGAUCACGUCUGCCCGCGCCCCUGAGUCGAGUGUCGCCGGAUACGACACAGUCCGAUUAAUUCUCCCUGUCCCCGGCACUGUCGACACACGAAUACUAGUACCAACAUUGCCACCAUGAACAGAAUAUGACCGGCGACUCCUGAUGACAGUACUCCAGUGGCAACCAUUGGACGCCACCUGUCGCACUGUCCACCCAGAGAAUCAUCUCCGGUUGCGACCGUCGAAGACAAGUGGCGUACACUAGUCACGUUGCUGGUUGUUGACUGGUUGCACAGCCGGUGCAUCAUGAUUUAGUCGUGCUUGUUGAUCCUUGUGUGCUGUAGGAAAGAUUAUUUUAAAGCUUUUGAGAGGUUCCAGGCUGUCCAAUAGAGUGCUCAAUGACUGGUUUCUGAUGAUCGCUUACAUGCUUGUAGUGCGUGAACUAUAGGAGUGAACACUUUACUCAUCCUCAUAUUCUUGUUAUAUAAUUUUAGAAUGAUUUGAAGACUCCAUUGUUCUGCGCCUUGAUCCUUGAGGGGUGGUGCCCGCGUUCCUACAGAUGCGGAACGAGUCUGACGCGAACCGUGAUUUUUUUGUUCUGCUUUCCAUUUGCAUGUACAUGUCGUUUUUCAAGUCGAAAGCAACUCUACCGCCGAAUUAAUGCCACACAGGGAGGCUGUGUGUCAGUGGGUCGCACCAGGGAGUACUAAAAACCGUUUUUUUUUUUAUUACUCCCUGGCGCGCCAUGACCUUACACACAGCGUGCCCACUUGGCCACUGGCAGUCAUUUGGAAUCAUCUCAAUCGGCGCACAGCAAAUCUGGCUGUUUCUUGCAAUUGUGGGGUGUUUUCUGAGCUUUC